AAUACAAGUUUGUCCCAGAUAAAAUCGCAAACUUAAAGUGCUUAAUUUUAUAUCUUACAAUUCGUGUAUAAUAUAACACAUUAAUUACAAUUUAAUUGCAAAAUCAAAUUGCUCGUAAAAAGUACUUUGUUACAAUAUACAUCUGAAAAUGGCGGAAACAAUCAGUAGAACAACUGACCGACUGUCGGUGAUAAGUCGGCAACUUACCGACUGCCGGUGGUUCGGUCGAUAUGUAUGCAAGUAGCUUACACCUUCUCCCGGUAGAUGAUGCUAGUUAACCUCACUUAAUUUAUGGCGGUCUUUUUAAAAUACAAGUUUAUGAGUACAAGUUUGUCAAACAAUUAUUUUAAUAAUUUUACAGUCUUGUGCUGGUUUAGACUUAUUUAAAGAAAAUAGUAAUUGUCAUUGCAAGGUGUGGUAAAGGAAAGACUGGUAAGACAGGUAUGAUUGUCAUUUCGACUGUGUUUCGUAUGUAUGUACUUACAUACAUUGAGGUUUAACCUCACCCUUGGGGUGUCUAGGACCCCUAAGAAAAUUAUGACCCGUCGAUAACGGGAACUAAAGUCUUUCUGUAGCUGUAGUCACUGUUACCUGUUAUGGCUUUUCAAAAAGAGUGGAAAUUAAAUUGCUCGAAUGCUACAGCACAUGUAAUAAUAUCGAUGACGAGGUGAUAUUUAUUCUUAUAUACACACGCACUGUUUUUAUAGAGGAAAAAACAAUUUACAUUGCUGCAUUUUCAAAAUGCCAGUUGAUCAAAUACAAUACUCUGGAAAGUACAAUGAUGAUAAGUAUGAGUAUAGGCACGUUAUUUUACCAGCAGAUUUAGCAAGACACGUACCAAAAACUCAUCUUAUGUCAGAAACUGAGUGGAGAAAUUUAGGAGUUCAACAAAGUCCAGGUUGGGUUCAUUAUAUGAUGCAUGUACCAGAACCUCAUGUACUACUAUUUCGUAGACCAAGGACAGAUGUUUUAACAACUUCAAGAAAUUCAUCCUUUCAAAGGGACUAUGAAAAUCAUGUCUUUGAAAUUGAAAUAAAGUUUAAAUAUUAAAUACAAAAAA